UCUUUAAAUUUUUUUUUAAUUUUAAUUAAGAUAUUUUUAUAUAUAUUUUCUUUAUUUGUAAUUAAAUUAACAACAAAAAUAUACAAAGUUUACAUAAAUUUAAGAAAAAUGGUUUUACCAACACCUACUGCAAAUGUCGAACCACAGCAACAAAAAGUUGGAGGGAAUUAUUUUGUCAAUCAUUCUACUCCACCAAAUGUUGAUUUAAUAAAAUGUUUUCUCUGUCAAAUGUUAUACAAAGAACCAAAAGUUUUGGCAUGUUUUCAUUCUUUUUGUAAAAAUUGUUUGGAACGUCAAAUAAAAAUUAAACAAGAAAUAUCAACACUAAACAAACCACAAUCAAUUAUUUGUCAAAUUUGUUGUCAAGAAACUCAAUUAAAUCCACAAUUAGGCAUUGAAGGUUUACUUUCUGAUUAUGGACUAGAAAAUGCUGUACAGUCUUUGGGGACGUCUACGCCGUUUAGUGAGCAAAGCGAAGACCUCGGUUUUGGCAGUUUAAAAUCCUCAGAUGGAUGGCCUGCACAACAAGUUCCAGAUUAUUUGCCUUCUUCUAAUAAUAAUUCUUGUCAGCAACAAUCAAAUAAUUUAAAUAAAGUUCCUUCAAAUGUGUGUAUGUGUUUGGAGCAUCGCCAACAACCUUUAGUCUUUUUUUGUCAAUAUUGUCAACAUGCAAUAUGCCGUGAAUGUGUUAGAAAACAUAAAGAUUGUAAAAUUGAUCGUAUUGAUAAUGUUUCUAAUAAACAAAUUAAAAUGAUGGAGCAUUUAUUAAACGAAGCACAAAUAAAACAGAAUGGAUUGAACGAAAUGUUUCAAUUAAUUAAUUUACGCCAAAACAAUUUAAAUGCAAGUUUUCAACAAGCAAAGCAAACUAUCGACGAUACUUUUUAUUUUUUAAUAAAAACGUUACAUGAAGCACAAAAAAGUUUAUAUAAAGAAUUGGAAGGAGCUUAUAGCUAUAAUAAUAAUAAUUUAAAUUUAAAUAAAUUGGGAGGAGGAGGAGGAGAAUAUCGUUUAGGAGUACCAGAUUUACAACAAGCUAAACAAGCUAUAAUUACACCAUUUAAUCAAUUGAGGGCUGGAGGGGCUUGGAUUAAUAAUCAACAAAAUAAUCAAAAUAAUCGUUUUGUAAAUCCAUCGUUAUCUUUGGGAACAACAAAAAUUAAUUGUAACAGUAGUAGUAAUAGAAAUAAUAUAUUAGCUACAUCAGCACCUACUAAUAGUAAUAAUGGAUGGGGUGGAAAUAAGCCUCUAGUUUCACUCGACUGUAGAUGCGAUAGGAGAACACAAGACAAAUGCGAAUGUUAG